AUGCUGCUCAUCCUCAUCCCUGUGAUGGUAAGCUGGGCUGGGGUUGGGGGGGUCGGGGCUGGAGCUUACUAUGAGAUGCUGGGGACUUGCCGGAUGGUGUGCGAGCCCCAUCCCAUGGACCAGAGCCCCGGUUCCAUUAUCCCGGAGGCCGAGGCCCUCAGCGACCCCCCUACCUUGCUCCAGGGACCCCCGGGCAGGUCUGGGAGAGUGGGCAAACCGGGUCCGCCCGGGCCACCGGGAGAACCUGGACCCAGGGGGCCGGUAGGACCGGUCGGACCUAAGGGAGAGGCGGGUAGAGCCGGGUUACCGGGAGGGACCGGGGCGAUCAGUGCCGCCACGUACAGCACCGUCCCGCGGGUGGCGUUUUACGCCGGGCUGAAGACCCCGCACGAAGGUUACGAGGUCUUGAAGUUCGACGACGUUGUCACCAACCUCGGCAACCACUACGACGGCACGACCGGCAAGUUCACCUGCUCCAUCCCCGGCAUCUACUACUUCACCUACCACGUCCUGAUGCGAGGCGGGGACGGCACCAGCAUGUGGGCAGAUCUGUGUAAGAACGGCCAGGUCCGGGCCAGCUCCAUCGCCCAGGAUGCUGACCAGAACUAUGAUUACGCCAGUAACAGUGUCAUCCUCCACCUGGACGCCGGAGACGAGAUCUUCAUCAAGCUGGACGGCGGCAAAGCUCACGGGGGCAACAACAACAAGUACAGCACCUUCUCGGGAUUUAUCAUCUACACCGACUGA